AUUUAACACACAUGUAGUAUUGUAUGUAAUUUGUAGUCUUCACUCGUUUCAUGUUGCCGGGAGAAUCGUAGCUGACCGGUUCCCGCUUCCUACUCGGCUUCUGCACUUGCAUAUCGCAGAGAGAGCUCCAUGGCUAUGGCUGCCCUGCCUUCUCUCCAAAACCCCUAUUUCCUAUCCCUUAAACCUCUCUCACAACUCUCCACCUCCGUCCUCCCCGACCAAGCCCGCUUCUUUUCUUCGUUUUCUACCUUCUCUCGGCCUCCACGACGUCGUCUCAGGCUCACAACCAAACCCAUUGCUGCCUCUAUUAAGGAAAACUUGGGUCUUAUAAGGAAAACUUGGAGUGAUGUAACUAGUUUGAACAACUGGGUUGUUCGGGACUACUACCGCCUUGUGAAGUCUGUAAAUGCGCUCGAGCCUCAAGUACAGAGUCUCUCUGAUGACCAGCUUACUGCUAAAACUGCAGAGUUCCGGCAAAGGCUGGGAAAGGGGGAGACACUUGCUGAUAUCCAAGCUGAGGCUUUUGCUGUUGUUCGUGAAGCUGCAAAAAGGAAGCUUGGUAUGCGUCAUUUCGAUGUGCAGAUUAUUGGUGGGGCGGUGCUUCAUGAUGGGUCCAUUGCAGAAAUGAAAACAGGAGAGGGAAAAACGUUGGUUUCCACCUUGGCGGCAUAUCUUAAUGCCCUGACAGGUGAAGGCGUUCAUGUGGUAACCGUAAACGAUUACCUUGCACAACGAGAUGCUGACUGGAUGGGUCGUGUUCAUCGCUUCUUAGGCCUUACUGUGGGUCUUGUUCAGAGGGGGAUGACAGCUGAAGAGAGGAGGUCCAACUAUAGCUGUGACAUAACAUACACUAAUAACUCAGAACUUGGUUUUGACUAUCUACGAGAUAACCUUGCUGGAAACAGUGGACAGCUUGUUAUGAAAUGGCCAAAGCCAUUUCAUUUUGCAAUAGUUGAUGAAGUUGACUCAGUUCUUAUUGACGAAGGACGAAAUCCAUUGCUAAUUAGUGGGGAGGCUAGUAAAGAUGCUGCACGCUAUCCUGUGGCUGCUAAAGUGGCAGAUUUGCUUGUGCGAGGAAUUCAUUACAAUGUAGAACUUAAAGAUAAUUCAGUUGAGUUGACUGAAGAAGGAAUAGCUCUUGCUGAGAUGGCCCUUGAAACAAAUGACUUGUGGGAUGAAAAUGAUCCUUGGGCUAGAUUUGUGAUGAAUGCGUUGAAGGCUAAAGAGUUCUAUCGUCAAGGUGUGCAAUACAUUGUCAGAAAUGGGAAGGCUCUCAUAAUAAAUGAGCUGACUGGCAGAGUUGAGGAGAAGAGAAGGUGGUCUGAGGGGAUUCAUCAGGCUGUGGAAGCUAAAGAAGGCUUGAAGAUUCAGGCUGAUUCGGUUGUUGUGGCACAAAUCACUUAUCAAUCUUUAUUCAAGCUCUACCCAAAACUGUCAGGAAUGACUGGAACUGCAAAAACAGAAGAGAAAGAGUUCUUGAAGAUGUUUCAAGUGCCAGUCAUUGAAAUGCCAACAAAUCUUCCAAACAUUCGUAAUGAUUUACCAAUUCAAGCUUUUGCGACUGCUCAAGGAAAGUGGGAAUAUGUUCGACAAGAAGUGGAGUACAUGUUCAGACAGGGGCGACCUGUUUUGGUUGGAACUACCAGUGUUGAGAAUUCCGAGUACUUGUCUGAUCUGCUGAGGGAACAGAAUAUCCCCCACAAUAUUCUAAAUGCACGGCCUAAGUAUGCUGCAAGGGAGGCUGAAAUUGUUGCCCAAGCAGGAAGAAAAUAUGCCAUUACCAUUUCUACCAAUAUGGCUGGCAGAGGCACUGACAUAAUUCUAGGAGGAAAUCCAAAAAUGCUUGCAAAAGAGAUCAUAGAAGACAGUUUAAUUUCGUUCCUGACACGAGAAGCUCCAAAUGUUGAUGUUGAUGGAGAGGCAAUUUCACAAAAGGUAUUGUCCAAGAUAAAGGUCGGUCCAUCAUCAUUAGCUUUUCUUGCUAAGACAGCACUAAUGGCCAAGUAUGUUUGCAAAAAUGAAGGCAAGAGCUGGACAUAUAAGGAGGCAAAAUCUAUGAUAUCAGAGUCAGUGGAAAUGAGUCAGUCAAAAGAUUUGAAAGAUUUAGAGACGCUUGUUGAUGAACAGUCAGAGAUGUACCCUCUUGGCCCUACAAUUGCACUUGCUUAUCUAUCUGUUCUGAAGGAUUGCGAGGUACACUGUUUCAAAGAAGGGUCUGAAGUAAAAAAUCUUGGGGGUCUUCAUGUGAUAGGAACAUCUUUGCAUGAGUCACGGAGAAUAGAUAACCAGCUUCGUGGAAGAGCUGGAAGGCAAGGUGAUCCUGGAUCCACACGAUUUAUGGUGAGCUUGCAGGAUGAGAUGUUUCAAAAGUUUAAUUUUGACACUGAGUGGGCUGUGAGACUUAUUUCCAAAAUUACAAAUGAUGAGGAUAUGCCAAUUGAAGGUGGUGCAAUUGUUAAACAGCUACUGGCCCUGCAAGUUAAUGCAGAGAAGUACUUCUUUGGCAUAAGGAAGAGCCUUGUUGAGUUUGAUGAAGUAUUAGAGGUGCAGAGAAAGCAUGUCUAUGAACUUAGACAGUCCAUUUUAACGGGUGAUGAUGAAAGUUGUUCCCAGAACAUUUACCAGUACAUGCAGGCAGUGGUAGAUGAAAUUGUCUUUGGAAACGUUGAUGCACUGAAGCAUCCAAGAAAUUGGAAUUUGGGGAAGCUUUUGAAGGAGUUUAUGACAAUUUCUGGGAAACUACUGGAUGAUUCAUUUACAGGCAUUACAGAGGAAGUUUUACUAAAAUCUCUAGCAGACUCACAUGAACUAAACUCUAGAAAUAUUCAUGACGUUCACCUUCCAAACUUGCCAAGACCUCCAAAUGCCUUCAGAGGAAUCCGCAAGAAGAGCUCUUCAUUGAAACGCUGGCUUGCUAUAUGCUCUGAUGAUAUGACUAAGAAUGGACGGUACCAUGCUACUACUAGCCUCCUCCGCAAAUACCUUGGAGAUCUUUUAAUUGCUUCAUACUUGGAUGUUAUUCAAGAAUCUGGUUAUGAUGAUGGACAUGUGAAGGAAGUGGAAAGAGCAGUUAUUGUGAAAACCCUUGAUUGUUUCUGGAGGGAUCAUCUCGUAAACAUGAACAGGCUUAGCUCAGCGGUAAACGUAAGGAGUUUCGGGCACAGGAAUCCUCUUGAAGAAUACAAAAUUGAUGGUUGUCGAUUUUUCAUAUCUAUGCUUAGUGCAACACGAAGGUUGACUGUAGAAUCUCUUGUGCAAUAUUGGUCAUCCUCAAUGGAGUCCCAAGAAAUUUUUGUAUCAUAAAUCUGGGUUUAUUGAUGAUGUGAAAUAUUCUAACACUCAAAUUAAAACCCUAUGAUAGUA